GGAGAAUGGCUUUCCUCCCCUUCCUCUUGGUGACCUGGUCGUCAGCCACCUUGUUCACCUCCUAUAUGGUGGCCGCGCUCUCCGGGCACGUCAACCCCUUCCUGCCCUGCAUCAGGGACAUGGAUGAAUCUGGAGAACAUCAUCCUCAGCAAACUGACACAAGAACAGAAAAUGAAACACCGCAUAUUUUCACUCAUAGGCCGGUGAUGAAAAAUGAGAACACAUGGACACAGGGAGGGGAGUACUAAACACUGGGGUCUAUUGGUGGGAAAAGGGGAGGGCCAGUGGGAGGGGGAGGUGGGGAGGGAUAGCCUGGGGAGAAAUGCCAAAUGUGGGUGAAGGGGAGAAAGGAAACAAAACACACUGCCAUGUGGGUACCUACGCAACUGUCUUGCAUGUUCUGCUCAUGUACCCCAAAACCUAAAAUGCAAUAAAAAAUAAAAAUAAAUAAAAAUAAAAAAAAUAAUAAUAAAAAAAAUAACAAUUAAAAAAAAAGAAUAUGUCGCCAGGCAUGGUGGCUCACGCCUGUAAUCCUAGCACUUUGGGAGGCCAAGGUGGGUGGAUCACCUAAGGUCAGGAGUUCAAGACCAGCCUGGCCAUCAUGGAGAAACCCCAUCUUUAAAAAAAAGAACAUGUCAAACAGUAUUUUCCAACUCAACUAAUUAAUUGAAAGACUAUACCUGAAAAAUGUUUUACAGCAACAUUUUUGUUAAAAUAAUUUACCACAAUUAGUAUACCCUAGAUACCUUAUUAUUUCCAUAAAAUACUCCUAGAGAUCAGUAAUAUUCCUCAGCUUUUUAUCAUAAUAUUUUCAGCAAAUAAUAAAAUCUGUUAUUAGAAAAUAAAGUGAUGUGUUUACAUAACAUCCCAAUAUUAGAAUUUUCAAACAUGAUUUUAUUUUAUUUUGAGACCAAGUCUCUCUUUGUCACCCAGGCUGGAAUGCAGUGCUGCCAACUCAGCUCACUAUAACCUCUGCCUCCCAAGUUCAAGCGAUUUUCCUGUCUCAGCCUCUGGAGUAGCUGGGACUACAGGCACCUGCCACCAUGCCUGGCUAAUUUUUGUAUUUUUUUAGUAGAGGUGGGGUUUUACCAUCUUGGCCAGGGUGGUCUUGAACUCCUCACCUCAGGAGAUCCUCCCACCUCCGCCUCCCAAAGUGCUGGGAUUACAGACAGGUGUGAGCCACCACUCCUGGCUUCAAACAUGAUUUUAGAUCAGUUUUUUUUUUUCAAGGUAGUCACAAUUUACCACUGAGAAUGAACACAUAUCAAGGUUAUGGGUUUGAUCAUUUGAGAAAUGGCAACACCAUUCAAUUUAAACAUUUUCUGACUUUUUACUAUGGAAUCUCUCAUGGUACACAAAUAAAUUUUAGAUCUUUUAGAGCCAAAAUGAAAAUACUUUAGAACAAAAUCAGGCCAAAUCAUUGAAAUUCAAAGUGGCUGAACACCUAAAAGAAACACGAUAUAAAACUUGCCAAUUACAUGUCUUCUCAGAGGUCUGGACUGAAUUUCUCUCUAAUAAUUUGGAUAUUUCUUCUCUUUGCCAGCGAUACAGGAACAAUACCUCCAGAGAGUGAUAUUUUUAAAUUUAUGAUGAACAUCUCUGCACUUCUUGCUGCGGCCACAAUAUACAUAAGAUAUAAAAUAGUAGAGAAGAAGAAUCGAACCUACUGUUUCAGCACUCCUGCUCUUAACUUGGUGUCUUUAUUUCUGGGAUUGUUGGGGUGUAUGGGAAUGAGCAUUGCCGCCACUUUUGAGGAGUUAAAUGCGCCAGUGGUUCAUGAUGUGGGCGCCCUCUUGGCUUUUGUCUGCGGUGCCAUAUACACUCUCCUACAGUCUAUCAUCUCUUACAAAUCGUGUCCCCAGUGGAACAGUCUCUGGAUAUGCCAUAUACGGAUCAUCAUCUCUGCCGUUUGUUGCGCAGCUAUCGUCCUCAUGAUUGUCUGUGCUUCAUUAGUUUCCACAACCAAGCUGGAAUGGGACCCAAGCGAAAAGGAUUAUGUAUAUCAUGUAGUGUGUGCAAUCUGUGAAUGGACAGUGGCCUUUGGUUUUAAUUUCUACUUCCUAACGUUCAUCCCAGAUUUCCAGGUAGGUGUUUAUCAAUUCAAACGUUUUAAAUUGCUGACAAUUAGGAUUAGUAAAAAUUCACUGAAGACAUUUUGCAUUUUUAAAAAGGGCAUUUUCUUUUUAUUCUUAAUGUGUUUGACAAAAAUAUGUAAAAAUUGCGCACCUUCAUUCAUUAGCUUCUCCCCAACAGGAGGCAUCUUUAACAGCUCUCCCUGCAAAGAGAUUUUCAUAUGUCCUCUGCUGUUUGAUGUUGAUAGUUAUAUCCCGAUUCCUUUCCUUCCUUUUCCUUUUCUCCCCUCCCCUUCCCUUCCCUUCCCUUCCUUUCCUUCUUUUUUGAGAUGGAAUCUUGCUUUGUUGCCCAGGAUGGAGUACAAUAGCAGAGUCUUGGCUCACUGCAACCUCCACCUCAUGGGUUCAAGUGAUUCUCCUGCCUCAGCCUCCUGAGUAACUGGGA